AUGGGCGUUGAUGCGCUGAAGCUGAGACUGAUACCCAGCUCAUUCCGUCGGCGCGUGAUCCUACGCGCACUCGUGAUCGUCUGCGCUUUCUCCGUCGUAUCCGUCAUCCGUAACCUCGGCGGAGCUUACGACGGAGAGGAGGAUGAUCACCACCACCCGCAUAAGGUCGACGAGUGCGCCGUGAAUUUCGCGUUUCUCGGUCCGUUCCUCUUCUCAGGCAACGGAUUGUUCUCCAACAGAUUCCUGAAACCAAUUUUGAACCAUCUCGAAUCAGAGAAAUGCAAAGAGAACAUCGAUUUAACCGCUAGAGUCAUCAGAGAGCUCACGGAUAUGAAUCUCCUGAGUCAAAACGCGAAAGCUCUCUGCAUCGGCCGGAGAUCGGUCUCAGCCGUUCUUGCUUUGAACUCGCAAGGAAUCUCCGACGCCACCGUCGCUGCUUACUCGCCGCCAACGGUUUUCGCUUUCAAGCACAGGAAGUUCACUAGCGAGCUACAGUACAAAGACGCUUCCUUCGGCUUCGUCUUCUCUACCGAUCUAGAAACAGUCUCUGUUCCCGCUUCGCUCGUUUACGAAAUCGAACGUAUACUAAUCCCCGGCGGCACCGGAGCUAUGCUGAUUCGGUCUGACUCAACCGGUUUGGUCAGAUCGGUUUCGCCGGUUUCUUCUCUGCUCAAGAACUCGAGCGUUGUUCAUGUUGCUUCCUUUGGUGAAGAACAGGUUUUGGUUGUGUUUAGGAGAAACGGAGAAGAAGAAGAUAGCUUUCAAUUGGAUCUUCCUGGUGAUUGCUCAUCCGUCGUCAACAACCGACCGUACAUUGGACUGUUAGAGCCAAUUCUCGAGGAGAAACGUUCGGAUUUCGAGAGACGGAUUCACUACUUGCCUGAGUUCGUCGAUCUUUCGUCUAGGAAGAGGCUGGUUUACAUCGACAUCGGAGCAGCGGAUCAUGUGAAGGCGAGAUCGGAUUGGUUCUUCCCUUCGUAUCCGAUCGAGAGGAAAGCUUUCAACAGCUACUUCGUGCAUCACAACACGUCGAUCUUGACUUCUUAUGUGAAAAGCCCUGGCGUGACGUUCAUCUACCAUCCGGGGCUCGCAGCGAGUAAAGGAGUGAUGAUGGGUGGUGAUGAAGAUCAAGAAGAGUCGUUUGUGGAAGAUGAUAGCUUUGAUUUUCUUGAAUGGUUCAAGGAGACAGCGAGCUUCGCUGACUUCGUUGUGCUGAAGAUGAACACGAGCGAGUCCGAGAUGAGGUUUCUCUCGGAGCUGAUGAAGACCGGAGCGAUCUGUUCAGUUGAUGAGCUGUUUCUUCAUUGCACUGGGUAUAGAGACUGCGACGGUACGUUUAAGAGCCUCAGAGAGAGUGGCGUCUUUGUUCAUCAGUGGUGGGAAGACUAG